AUGGGAUGUCUCCACUACUAUUCACGUUUCAUCCCGAACUUUGCCAGGAAAGCUGAACGGCUUUGCGCUGCUCAAUCGACCGCAAAAUGGAAAUGGACGGCCAAGUGUGAACAAAUUAUGCGCAAAAUCAUCCAGAUGAUAACGAACCGGCUAGUACUUGCCUCGUUCUCUCCGAAGAAACAUCCAACUUUGAUCACUAACGCAUCAGAUUUUGGCAUUGGUGCCGUCCUCGAACAGGACGGAUGUCCGAUUGUCUGCAUCUCUCGUCUAUUGAACACGGCAGAACGAGGCUAUUCGCAGACGCGGAAAGAAGCAUUGGCUGUAUAUUAG